AUGGCUCUUGCAAUUGCCAAGAUGGCUCGUGUUCUGAUUGCCGGUUUGUACUAGACCUCCUGCUAUUUUUCUGGGAUUUUUCUUACCAGUGUGAUUCUAGGAGCCUCUGGCUUCAUUGCCUGUGAGCCAACCCCAAUAGCCUCGGGGGUAAUAUGGUGCUAACAAGUGCUAGCCCAUGAUCCCGAACUACUGAUCUAGCCGUGAAUGGCACGCUUGGAGUUCUCAAGGCCCCAAAAGCCUUCGCACCAAGCACCAAGAGAAUCGUAUAUCGUUCGAAGGCCGUUAUGGUGGUAGGGGUUGAUACAGUAAUAAGUACUUGUGUUAGGUCAUUACCUCAUCAUCCGCUUCGAUUAUGGAUCUCAAUAAACUGAAUAACGGCACUGGUUACACGUACACCGAGGAUGACUGGAGCCCAACCACUCUGGAGGCGGGUCUCCUGGACCCAGUCAACAGCUAGCGCGCUCCCAAGAAGUUUCCCGAGAAGGCGGCAUGGGAUUUUGUUAAGCAGGAGAAGCCCAAUUUCGAUAUCACCAGUGUUAAUCCCCCGCUUCUUUUUGGGCCCGCCAAGCUGUAUAUCUCUUUGCUGAGUAGCCUCAACACAUCCAACGAGGUAGGGAUCCACAGAACCAAAACGGGCUCCAUGCCUAAUACAAUCGUGCAGAGAGUCCUCUACUUCAUAGAAGGGCAGGUUAAGAAUGGAGCUCCUCCCAAAGGGGUCUACCUGUGGGUGGAUGUUGGGGUAAGGAAAUCAUCGCUGAACUAAAAGUAAUACUAAAUCUAUACGGUCUUGCUUUGCCACAUAUUCUUGCCCUGAAAAAUUUAGAAGCCGGAGGAAAGAGGUUCUUGGUCACCCAGGGCUACUUCUCAAACUAGAAGACUACUGAUGUUAUCCGCAAGAACUCCCUACAGUUUGACGCCGGAUUGGGAGAAGGGCGAGCCCAAUGGUGGAUACCCACAGGAUUGUGCAAGGCCGAUAAUGCAAGGAGCAAACGGGUUCUAG